UUCCUCCAUCAAUCUUAUCGGUCAGAGUAAAUACAUACUCGUUCACUUAGCGAGGGCCUCUACCAUUAACCAAAAGAGCCAGUUCGAUUUAUCACCAGGUUUGCCACCAAACAGGUUCAUAUCCAAUCACGUGACCCGAUUUAUACGCAAUUGUUGCAUUUUUGGAUUUCUGGAAUUGUUAGCAAUGAAGAAAUUUUGAUCAAAAAAGAGUCGUAAUGGAUUAAGUUUUAGAUAUUCAUAGGGUCCCUGGACCAGUUCCUAAAGCAAAAUGGAAGAAAAAUCAAAACUCCGGUACACGGAGAUUGACGGGGUGGAGACCACCGACAUAGAAAACUUCCCAUACUCUGCCAUCAAGGCCCUGGGGGCGGUGCAGAUUGGCCUGGGGGUCACGUGUCUGGUGCUGGGUCUGCUGGACGUUUUUCUGUAUCUAUUUAUGGACGAUGACCAAUUGGCGACGGCGGGGGAUAGCACGCUGAUGACGCUAACCAUCGCUUCCUCACCCAUCUGGUGCGGACUCUGGUUUAGUGUAACUGGUUGUAUGGCGGCGUGUAUGAACAAAAGAAACAAGUCCAACCUUAAUUAUUUUAAAAUGACGUUUUUGGUGCUCAGCAUCCUGUGUUCUGCGUUGUUUGCUCCAGUAUGUUGUAUCAUCAACAUUGCCAUGGCAGUUCUGCGCCAUGAACUGGAGCCGACUUCCUACCGCUGGAUGGUGCCUAUUCUGGUCGCCUUCUUUGCUUUCAAUGAGUUGGUGUUUGCCAUUGCUUCAGCCUCCAUAUGUUGUUGUUGUGCCCCAAUCAAAACUACACAGGUUCGAGUUGUUAUGGCGAGACAAGUAGACGAUUCCAAGGACAUGAAUUCUAUUGGUGCCUCGGGGACGAACAAAAGUCCCGAAUCCAUGGAUAUAUUUACCACCACAGAUCGGCACGGCAGACCGCUGAAAGCGUCCCCGCCAAACGAAACCACAGACAACUUUAAAUCCGCGGAACCACCGAAAGUCGUCAUUCCGCCAAAGGGCUCCACCAAAAAAUCGCCACCAGCUGCACCGCCGGACGAGAACGAUUACAGGCCGUACACCAAGGAGUCAAGUUAUGACAAGAUGAAACGCUUGGUGCUGCCUAGCUCAUCCUUUCCGCGAACCGAGGAGAUCGAACCACGUGACCAGUUCUAAAACUAAUACCUUUCUACGCGGCGUGAUAUCAUUUGAAGAGACUCCAAAUAUGUAAUUUUAAUCAUCGUUUUAUUUAUUGCGGUUUUUGUGUGCUUAGCUAAAACCGUUUGUCCAAGUGAAGCAACAAGUGUUGUCCGUCCAAGCUUAGAAACUGUUAUACGACAUUUUUACAUUAACAUAAUUAACGAGUGCAGAACUGUUUUUCUGAACUGCAAAAUGCAUUUAAAUUAUUCUUAAGAGUUAGUUUUAUGAUCGGACACUGUUUUUGUGUUUUGUAGACAAAUACUUUUUCGUAUACCGCCAUGUCUUUUACAGUUACCCCUAUUGUACAGGUACUUCAUACUUAACAUAUGUUAACCUUUCCUAAACAAAUGUCAUUCAUAAUUGAAAAUUAUAUGUAUUUGACAUUUCAUCUUGUUUUUUUUAUUUUAUCGUUUGAAACAUGAGAAUGACACAAAAAUAUUUAACAGAAAACUGAAAUACCUAAUGACUUGCUUUGAAGACAGUUUUCUAAUAUGAUUAUAUCUAAAGGCAUUUUAUUAUCAAUGGUGUGAUAAACAUUGCUUUAUUCAAAAAUUUUGUUGUGAAUAUUUUCAUAAGAUUGUGUUGUAUAUUUAAAAUCUUGUGAUGUAUGUUUAAAAUCUUGUGAUGUUUGUCUAAAAACUUGUGGCGUGGUUUCAAAAUCUUGUGACGUAUAGUAUUUUAAAUACCUAGGGUGAUGCAACGUCAAAAUCUUGUGAUGCAUACUGUAAAUUCCUUAUAUAUCGCGAGUACUUAAUUCCGCGAUCCCGCUGUUUUGUAUCAAAUCGCGAGAAUAUAAAAUCUCGAACGCGGAACUUUUAUUAUAUCUAAAAGCAAUUUAUUAUCAAUGGUGUGAUAAACAUUGCUUUAUUCAAAAAUUUUGUUGUGAAUAUUUUUAUAAUAUUGUAUGUUUAAAAUCUUGUGAUGUAAGUUUAAAAUCUUGUGAUGUAUGUCUAAAAACUUGUGGCGUGGUUUCAAAAUCUUGUGACAUAUAGUAUGUUAAAUACCUAGGGUGAUGCAACGUCAAAAUCUUGUGAUGCAUUCUGUAAAUUCCUUAUAUUUCGCGAGUACUUUUAAAGUUCCGCGAUCCCGCUGUUUUGUAUCAAAUCGCGAGAAUAUAAAAUCGCGAACGCGGAACUUUUACCCUUAUUUUUAUAGUUCUCAACUCUAAGAAAAAUAAUGGCGAGAUUUUUCAAUCUGCGAAGGGUGCUUCUCGCGAUUUUACGCGGAUAUUAGUUACUCGCGUUUAAUUAGGAAUCUACAGUAUCCAAAAUCUUGUAAUUUAUGUUCUAUAAUCGUGUGGUGUGUGUGUGCAAUAUCUUGAACAUAAAAGAUUUUGAAUAUACAUUGCAAUACACUGAACAAACAUUACCAGAUUAUAGAAUAUACAUCACAAGAUUUGGAAUAUACGUCACAAGAUUUUGAACAUGCAUCACACAAGACAUUGAAAAUAUAUCACAAGAUUAUGAUUUUACAUCACAAGAUUGAUCGGUUUCUAACCUGAUUCAUGAGAACCUAAUAAAAGUUUGCAAUCCAA